UUUACCCUUCUUUAGUCACAUUUUUUGUUCAGCUUCUUCAAGCUUCUUCAAGUCUAUUUAGCUUCAAAUUCAUAUACCAUUUCUCUAAAAGUUGGCACCAAAGUGUGAUUGAAAAUAUGGAGAGAUUCCCGCAAUUGAUCAUAUUCCUGAGUGUAUUUCUUUUGGUUUCGGCAUAUGCUCAUGCCCACGUUAAGUCAAUGAUCAUUUUUGGAGACUCCCUUUUUGAUCCCGGUAACAAUCGUUAUAUAAGGAACUGCACUGUUCAAGCCAAUUUUCCACCUUAUGGUUCAACUUACUUUCAUCGUCCCACCGGAAGAUUCAGCAAUGGUCGAACUGUCGCAGAUUUCAUAGCACAAUAUAUGGGGAUCAAGUUCCAAAAACCGUACCAAAAGCUAUACGGAAAAAAUUUAGGAAGUAUAAUUGUGAAACAUUUUCCGGUUCAGGCCAAUGGAAUCAACUUCGCUAGUGCUGGAAGUGGAAUAUUGCCGCAGACAAACAAAUAUGCAGGGGUUACACCACUAGAAAUCCAAUUACAACAAUUCCAAGAGCUUAUUCAUUAUAAACAUUUACAUAGAGAUCAAAUUUCAAAAUCCAUAUUCUUCCUUGAAGCGGGUUCAAAUGACAUUUUUACUUACUUACAAGCACCCGAAAAGUCAAACCUCUCGCCAAUAGCUUUUGUAGAUGCCAUGUUGAGAGAAGCAGCCAAUUUCCUUGACAUAAUCUACCAGCAUGGUGCUCGUAAGAUCGCCAUUUUCUCAGUUGGUCCUAUGGGGUGUAUUCCAGGCAGAAUCAACCUACCAAAUGCUAGUACUAAUCGUUGCUAUGCUGGGGCAAACAAAAUGACGAAAUAUUAUAAUUAUGGCUUGGAACGUUUGGUAUACAGUAUACGUAGAAAGUAUCGUGGUGCAAUUGGUGUUUAUGGAGAAGUGUUUAACACUGCACAAAGGUUGCGUGUUAGACCAAAACUACACGGUUUUGCCAAUGUAAAUUCGGCAUGUUGUGGGGCUGGACCCCUAAAAGGACGAGUGCAAUGUGGAGAAAAAGGUUACACGAUGUGUUCAAAUGCUAAUGAGUACUUUUAUUGGGAUUAUUUUCAUCCAAGCGAACAUACUUAUGAAAUUAUCUCCAAAGCCUUAUGGUCUGGAGGCAGAUAUGCAAUCCGACCCAUAAACUUGAGGACUUUGGCUAACAUAACCUUGCCACACUCUUAAACCCAUUUUUAUUUACAUAUUUAUGGGUUAGAUGGAUGGCGUUGAGUUGAACAAUAAUAUUUACAGGAAUAAUGUGGGUUGCCAUGUAAUAUUUAGGUUCCCUUUUGUCGUGAGUGUGUUUUUAAAUUAUGAACAAAUAACUAUAAAUGCUUAGGCAUUUUAUGUUUGCGU